AUCGUCAAAAUAGGCGCGCAAGCAUGGCCAAGCUGCUUCGUACCAAGCCGACCUUUCCAGUUUGCGUUAGUGAAAAUAAUAUCAGCCGAAAGUACGAAAUUAAUUACGUUUCAAAUAAAUAAUCUGAGUGCAUUUGUGCACGAAUAGAUUUUGUCGCAAGAAACGUAAAGAUCGGAAGAUUAAAUGUCACCCAGGCGAACUCGCGCAGGAUCGGGAUCUGCUGUUUCCACCAGAUCUAAGCGGAAAAUAAAUAAUAUGGACGAAGAAGAUACGGCAGAAUUGAUACAACAGACUAGGGAGUCUCAGAGAAAACCUUUGGAAAGAACUGCUAAACAAAGUGCCAGAAAAAAAUCACCCGAUACAAAGGUAAUGUUGAGGAAGUCUGCGAAAAAGAAAAUUCGUCGGAAACUUAACUUAACCCAAGAAGCAGAAAAUGAGGAUAACUUCACAGCGCAAAAACAGACCAUGGAUAUCACUGGAUCGAUCAAAAUACUAAGAGAUAGGCAUAAGAAAACAUCUCUGACAGAACAUAAUCUUUCUCAGUUAAAUACUUCAAAAGAUUUAGACUCAAAUAAAAAGCUUGAUAAAAAAGUACAACGAAAAACUGGUGUCACAGAUGUGAAAAAUUCUAUUAAUGUCACACCUAAAAGCACACCGCCUAAGCUUAGUCUUACUCCUCAUAGAUCUAAGAAAACUCCAAAAAAAUCGCCAAUUUCUUUAGGCUCUCCAAAGACACAUUCAAUAGCUGUCUCAAAAUUGUUUAAAAGUCCACGAAAAUUGUCUCUCCUUACCAAAUCUGAAGAGAAUUUAAAUAAGUCAGAUAAGUCUCAAAAUGAAAAGGAAAAAACUAAAAAAGAUAGAUUAAACAAUUCUUCUACAUCUAACAAGAGCUUAACACCACCAGUAGCACAAAGCAACCUAAAAGCACCUAAAAGCACACCGCCUAAGCUUAGUCUUACUCCUCAUAGAUCUAAGAAAACUCCAAAAAAAUCGCCAAUUUCUUUAGGCUCUCCAAAGACACAUUCAAUAGCUGUCUCAAAAUUGUUUAAAAGUCCACGAAAAUUGUCUCUCCUUACCAAAUCUGAAGAGAAUUUAAAUAAGUCAGAUAAGUCUCAAAAUGAAAAGGAAAAAACUAAAAAAGAUAGAUUAAACAAUUCUUCUACAUCUAACAAGAGCUUAACACCACUAGUAGCACAAAGCAAACACAGGAAGUCUGGUAUCAAUUUGAAGGCAAUGGUACGUAAAUUCUCUAAAUCCCCAAAAAUAGUAUUGAGGUCUCCAAAAUCAAAGAAGUCAAAGUCCCGUAAAUUGAAGUUAUUAUCUCCAUCUCAAAAAGUUAGAAAGAAUUCAUUAAAAACAUCUGCUAACAUUACUUCUGACACAACGCCAAAUUUUGAUGUUGCAAAAUCAAAUAUUAGUACAAAAAAGUCUCCUAAAGAAAAGAAUUUAUCAAGAUCCAACCAUCAAUUAAUAAAGACACGGACAAUUUCACAAGAGAAAGAUAUGCUAACAGAACCAAUAGUGUUAUUAAAGAGACUAUCACCGGAAAGAAUACAGAAUAUGUCAAUGGUUGCUAAUAAAAUUCAACCAGAAACUUCAAUCACAAAAAGAUCUCCCUCUAUCAAUACAAGGAAUAAUUUCAAAGUAUUAACAACUUCUGCUGGAUCAGAUAUGUCUGUUAAUCGAAAUUCUAACACUAAAUCACAGAAUAGUAAUGCAGAAAAACUCAAAAUUAAUAGAGUAUCACCAAGAAUUAAACAUAAUAUAUUGAUACAAAGAAAAGAUGGAUCAUCUAUACCUUUAAUAUCAUCUACUCCACGAGAAAAGACGAGAGAGAUACCAUCAAUAGAUAUAAAUUUGACUUUCAAUACACCUAUUAUAAAUGAAGAUAAUACAUCUAGUAUUAAAUCACGACGUAAAAAUCAAUCCAAUAUGUCUAAUGUAAUGCAUAAAAGUACAGCCAUUGAAAAUAUAUCUACACCUUCUUUAUUUGAAAAUACUAGUGAUGCUAGUCAAUUUCAUAUUUCAAAUGUUACAAAACAAGACACUAUUGAAAAGGAGUUUAGUUUAAUAACGCCAGAAAAGAAUCAAAAAAACGAAAAGCGUAAUACCUAUGAAUUGGAACAACCGCAAACACUAAGUUUACGACAGAUGAUCAAAAAACGAACUUCAACAGAUGCAAACUUAAGCUCCAGAGAAAAUUUAAAAAAGACUAAAGUCCAUUUUGCAGAUGAAACAUUUAACACAAGCAAUGUGAACAAAUCAAUUAAUAAUUUGAGUGGAUCAAACAUAUCACACAACGUUAAAAUACAAAAUAAUAUAAAUUCAGCACACAAAUCAAGAAAGAUUGAAACUCCAAAAUUAAACCAAAACUCGUUAGUUUUUCCUUUCAAGACAAGAUCAAGUCCAAGAACAAAUAUAGUUACACCGAGAAUUCAACUAAAUAAAGUCACACCAAAAUCUUUUACAUUAAUGGAAAAUAAAUCAGAGAAGAAAUCGUCCACGAAAAAAGUACCAAAUUUUGGAAAGAUACAUGAACAAAUGUUUGCUAAGUCAGAAUCGCUCGUGGAUGCAAAGAAACGUGUGGAAGCUAGACACUUGGCAUUAUCUGCGAAGAAAGUUCGUCCAAAAUUAGAUACAAAGAAAGAAGAGAAGAAACCAUUGCCAACUGACACAAAAGAUGGCACUCACAAUAGAUUCGGUUUCAAGCUGAGAAAAAACGAAGCUACACACGUUAUAUUGAGAAAGCAAGUUACUUUUUCAAGACAGAAGCAGCAACAGGAAACGCGUAUGACACUGAAGGGUGUACGAAUGAAUCGACGCUUUGAAUUGCAAAUGAAAGCUCGCAAUUUAAAUCCAUGAAAAUCUAUAUGUUAUGUAAUAUUAUGUAGUUUGAGCUUUUGAUAAUAUAUGUAUUUUUUUUUUU